GGCAUUUCGCCUGACAUGAUGAAGCUAAUUAUCGAGUACGCCUACACCAGGACAGUGCCAGUCACUACUGACAACGUUGAAAGUUUGCUAGCUGCAGCAGACCAGUUCAAUAUCAUGGGGAUCAUCCGAGGGUGCUGUGAAUUCUUAAAGUCUCAGCUGUGCUUGGAAAAUUGCAUUGGCAUCUGCAGAUUCACAGAUUACUACCACUGUCCUGACCUGCGACAAACGGCCUACAUGUUCAUCCUACAUAACUUUGAGGAGAUGACCAAGGUGUCCACAGAAUUCCUAGAGCUCUCUGUCAAUGAGUUAAAAGACAUCAUUGAGAAAGAUGAGCUGAAUGUGAGACAAGAAGAUGCAGUGUUCGAGGCUAUCGUGAAAUGGAUUUCUCACGAUCCCCAAAACAGAAAACAGUACAUUUCUGUCUUGCUGCGUAAGGUUCGACUGGCAUUGAUGCAUGCAGAAUACUUCAUGAACAACGUUAAAAUGCAUGAUUAUGUGAAGGACAGUGAGGAAUGCAAACCUGUCAUCAUAAAUGCACUGAAAGCAAUGUAUGACCUCAAUAUGAACGGUCCAUCUAAUUCCGAUUUUACCAACCCCCUCACUCGGCCUCGUCUGCCAUAUGCCAUCCUGUUUGCUAUCGGUGGCUGGAGUGGGGGGAGCCCAACCAAUGCCAUUGAGACAUACGAUGCUCGUGCAGACAAGUGGGUGAACGUGACGUGUCAGCAGGAAAGCCCCCGUGCCUAUCAUGGUGCUGCUUACUUAAAAGGCUAUGUCUACAUUAUCGGAGGAUUUGACAGUGUGGAUUAUUUUAACAGUGUCAAGCGGUUUGACCCACUUAAGAAAACAUGGCACCAGGUUGCACCCAUGCAUUCAAGGCGUUGCUACGUCAGUGUCACUGUUCUCAACAACUUCAUCUACGCCAUGGGAGGGUUUGAUGGAUACGUGCGCCUCAACACUGCAGAACGGUACGAGCCAGAGACAAACCAGUGGACACUGAUUGCACCCAUGCAUGAGCAGAGAAGUGAUGCUAGUGCAACCACAUUGUAUGAAAAGGUUUAUAUAUGUGGUGGGUUCAAUGGAAAUGAAUGCCUAUUCACAGCUGAAGUAUAUGAUGCCAAAACAAACCAAUGGACCCUUAUAGCACCGAUGAGAAGCAGAAGAAGCGGAAUAGGCGUGAUUGCAUAUGGAGAACAUGUGUACGCGGUAGGAGGAUUUGAUGGAGCCAACCGACUUCGGAGCGCAGAAGCCUACAACCCUGUUGCCAACACAUGGCGAACAAUCCCCACCAUGUUCAAUCCUCGCAGUAACUUUGGCAUUGAAGUAGUGGAUGACCUUUUGUUUGUAGUUGGUGGCUUUAAUGGUUUUACUACCACUUUCAAUGUUGAGUGUUAUGAUGAAAAGACGGAUGAGUGGUACGAUGCUCAUGACAUGAGCAUAUACCGUAGUGCUUUGAGCUGCUGUGUGGUGCCAGGACUAUCUAACGUUGGGGAGUACGCUGCCAGACGAGACAACUAUGUGGAAUCGUCACAGCGCGAUGAAGUCAAGUACACUUCUUCCACAAGUACCCUACCUGUCUAA